AUGGCCGCCCGCGGCCGCUGCGAACGAUGCUGGCACAACGCGCGCGACGGCCACUGCAUCUGCGCGCGCUUGGAAACGCUGCGCUUCCGGCUCGACGUGCGCUUCGUGCUCUACACGCACCACAAGGAGUACUACUGCGCGGGCGACGACGCCAAGGUCCUCGCGGCCGUCGCGCCCGACGACGCCGAGGUCUUCGUGCACGGCCGCCGCGGCGACGACGCGCGGCUGGGGGCCAUCCUGCGCGCGCCCUGCGCCGAGCGGCGCUGCCUGCUGCUCUUCCCCGACGACGGCGCGGCGACCGUCGACUCGUUCUUCGCGGCGCACGGCGCGGCGCCCGUGCCCGCGCGCGGCGCGGCCGCCGGGGCCCCGUUCUACGUCGUCGUCGUCGACGCGACGUGGACGCUCGCGCGGAAGAUGGCGCGCCACCUCGACCGCCUCCUCGGCAACAAACUGCCCCACGUCAAGCUCGACACGGACCUCGUCUCCGUCUACGCGCGGACGCAGUCCAAGACCGGCCGCGUCUGCACCGUCGAGGCCGUCGCGCUCUUCCUGCGCGAGGUCGGCGAGUCCGACGAGCUGUUCCGGAACAUGGUCGCCAUGGUCGAGACGAACAACCGCGCGCUGAAGCACGAGUACGCGAAGCGGCGCGCGGACCUGUGGGCGUCGGGGCCGACCAUGGGCAACCCCGCGUGGUACUACGCCAUGCGCGUCGGCGAGGGCCCCUUGCUCGCGCUGUUCGCGCUCCCGGCGACCUUCGCGGCGCCCGACCCCUUCGCCCUGACCGACGCCUACAUCGACGCGCGCGACAAGCGCACGCCCGCGGCCGCUCCCGGCGUCCAGUUUUCCGGCGUCUUCUCCGACGGCGCGGUGCUGCAGCGCGGCGUCGCCGUCGCCGUCUACGGGAGCGUGGCGAAGGCGUCCGCGGACGUCGUGGCCGUGACCGUGACGGAUCAAACGGGAAAGACCGAGACCUACGCGUCGCCCGUCGCGGCGCUCGGCGGCGACGCGGACGCGUGGCGCGUCGAGCUGAAACCCCGCGACGCCGGCGGCGACUUCUCGAUCCGCGCGGCCUACGGCGCCGACGCGACGAUCAUCGCCAACGUGACCUUCGGGGACGUCUUCUUCUGCUCGGGGCAGUCGAACGCGUGGCUCGUGAUGAACUUCGCGCUCGAGCGCAACGAGACGUACGCGGACGUGCGCGCGGGGCGCUACGACCACGUGCGCAUGCGCACGCAGACGCGGCUCAACAUCAGCGACGGCGCCGCGAGCUACCUCGCGCCGCCGCCGCCGGCCUACGACCCCGCGGGCGGGUUCCCCGAGGGCGGGUGGCUGCGCGCGACGGGCGGCGCCGAGGACGUCGACAACACGGUCGCGCAGAUGUCCGCCAUGUGCUGGUUCUUCGCCGCGGCGCUCACGGAUGUCGAGCGCGCCGCGGGCCGCGCCCCGGCGCCCCUCGGCCUCGUGCACAGCUCCUGGGGCGGCACGAUCGCGGAGAUGUGGCUGCCCAACGCCACGCUCUACGACGCAUCGGCCGGCUGCCUGAACACCACGGGCGGGCCGCCCUACCAGCGCAAGGACUACGCGAACGGGGCCCUGUACAACGGCAUGGUCCGGCCCUGGGUCAACUACUCCCUCGCCGGCGUGCUCUGGUACCAGGGCGAGAACAACCUGUUCCAGUGCGCGGACGACGGCGGCGCCGAGAACGGCCCCGGGGCCUGCGGCGUCCUCGAGGAGCGCACGGGCUACGCCUGCCUCGUCUCGCGCCUCGUGACGAGCUGGCGCGAGGCCUGGGGCGACGCGACGCUGCCCUUCGGCGUCGUCGAGCUCGCGGGCGGCACGUCCGAGGGCUUCUCGCGGUCCAUGGGCGCCUUCCGCCACGCCCAGGCCGCGGUCAAGGCCCACGCGCGCACCUUCGUCGCCGCGGGCCACGACGUCGGCGACCCCUGGAGCGGCUCCGAGGCGCGAUGCCACGAGCCGGACGCGCCCUACGCGUGCCAGAGGGAGGACGGCUCGCCGAACGACACGCCCUACACGAAGUUCUUCAUGGGCUCCAUCCACCCCCGGACGAAGAAGUGGGUCGGCGACCGCCUCGCCUUCGCCUACCGCGCGCUCGUCGGCGCCGCGCCCGACGCGGCGCCGCGCGCGGGCCCGACGCUCGCGGGCUGCCGCGUCGACGGCGGGUCGCUCGUCCUCGCCUUCGACGAGGCGCUCCUCGGCGACGACGGCGUCCGCGCCUGGCCGAGCGCCGCGGCCUCCGGCGCGCCGACGGACGCGCUCAUGGUCCGCUACGGCGACGCGUGGCGCGCCGCGGCGAUCGCGCCGCAGCGUCCCUUCGACGAAAAGAACGGCACGCGCCUCGCGAACUUCGCGUCCGCGACGGCGACGCUCGACGGCGACAACGUCACGGGCGUGAGGUACGGGUGGGCCGACCGGCCGUUCUGCAUCGUCGACAACGUCCUCGAGCCCUGCGCGCCGAACGGCGGGCCCCUCAUGCUCGCGAAGAACCUCCUCCCGGCUCUGCCGUUCUGGGCCGAGGUCGCGGGCGGGGACACCGCAAGCGACGAGCAGCACGACAUGCGAGCAGCGCGACGCCUCCUGGGCAGCGUCGCCGAGCGGCGCGCGGCGCGGCUCGCCCAGGUGCGGCAGGAGGUCCCCUCAACCGUCGUCGAGGUGCGCGAGCGGGUCGACACGCGCUGCGUCGUCCUCGAGGAGGCGACCUGGGCCGCGCCCGGGGCCUGCGAGGAGCUCGCGGCGCUCGUGGAGCAGUGGAACGCGAACCGGCUCGUCAAGGCCGUCGUCGUCGAGGGCUACUUCGGCCAGUUCGCCGCCGCCGACGCGCGCGCGACCGCGCGGCUCUGCAAAGCCGUCGCGGGCUCCGCGGUGCCGGUCGCGCCGCUCGUCGACGGCCUGCUCCUGCCCGGCGCCGCGGCGCUGUGCCUCAACGGCCUCGCCGUCGCGUCCGACGGCGCCGUCUUCGUGCCGCCGCUGGGGGCGGCGGCGCGCGCCGCGGGCGUCGCGCCCGGCGGCGGCGGCGCCGCGUACAAGCUCUCGCGCGGCGGCGCCGCGGGCCGCGCGGCGCUCGUGAGCGGCCUGCCCGUGCGCGGCCGGGCGCUCGUCGCGGCGGGCCUCGCGAGCCACGUCGUCACGUCCCACUGCCUCGACGGCCUCGCCGCGGAGCUCGCGCACGCCGCGGCCGGCGCGGCCGCCGCGGCCGACGCGCGCGGCGCGCUCGAGGCCGUGGCCGACGCGCGCGCCGCGGCGUCGGCGCCCUUCCUCGACGACGCCUGCGCCCGCGACGCCGACGCCUUCCUCGAGCUCGCGGAGGCGUGCUUCUCCGCGGCGACGCUGCCCGAGAUCCGCGAGAAGCUCGCGGCGUCGCCGGACCCGCUCGCGGCGACGGCCGCCGCCGCCCUCGACGCCAACGCGGAGACCGCGGCGACGCUGCUGGCCCUGCUCGACGAGUCCGCGGGCCUCGGCUACGCGCGGGCCGUCGACGCGGAGCGCGCCGCGCUCGCCCCUCUAGCCAUGCGCUGCCGCCGGCUCAUGAUCCUCCUGGGCUGGCUCGCAGCUCCGGCGCGGGGCAGCUGCGGCGACUUUACGCGAAUUGUAGUGGGCGACGUCGACACGGCGACGGACGCCUUCGCCAUCGACCUCGAUGGCGACGGCAGCGUCGACGUCGUCUCGGCAUCCCAGUACGACAGGGAGUCCAUCAUCUCCAAAGUGUUCUGGCACCAGAACGACGGGUCGAUGUCGCCCGGCUUUAGCGAGCCGAACCUCAUCGCUGGCAGCGGCAGCUCGAGGUUCGACGACGUCUUCGCGAUCGACGUCGACGGCGACGGCGACGUCGACGCGCUGUCAGCAUCCGCCCUCGACACGGUCGCGUGGUACGAGAACGACGGCUCCCAGCUCUUUACGGAGCACGUCAUCACGGACUCGGCGGGCACCGCCCACUCCGUCUAUGCGAUCGACGUCGACGGCGACGGCGACGUGGACCCGCUCUCCGCGUCCGUCACCGACGACACGGUCGCGUGGUACGAGAACGACGGCUCCCAGGGCUUCACGAAGCGCGUCAUCACGGCGCUGGCGAACGGUGCCUGCUCAGUCUACGCCAUCGACGUCGACGGCGACGGCGACGUCGACGCGCUGUCCGCGUCCAAAUAUGACGACACGGUCGCGUGGUACGAGAACGACGGGUCGCAGUCCUUCACGGAGCGCGUUAUCACGACGCUCGCGGACGCCGCAACCAUCUCCGUCUUCGCCUACGCGAUCGACCUCGACGGCGACGGCGACGUCGACGCGCUCUCGGCGUCCUACGAAGACGACACCGUCGCGUGGUACGAGAACGACGGGUCCCAGUCUUUCACAAAACACAUCAUCGAGACGCUCGCAGACAAGGCCACGUCCGUCUUCGCCAUCGACGUGGACAGCGACGGCGACGUCGACGCGCUCUCGGCGUGGAACAACAUGGUCUCCUGGUACGAGAACGACGGAUCCGAGGCGUUCGCGACGCACGGCAUCACGACAGACGCCUCCUACGUCCAAUCCGUCUACGCGGCCGACGUCGACGGCGACGGCGACAUGGACGUCCUCUCCGCGGACUACAACGCGCACGUGGUCGCUUGGUACGACCACGGGUGCGACGGGUGCUCCGACGGCGUCGUCUCGUUCACGGAGACCGUCAUCUCUAACACGGCGGACGGCGCCGACUCCGUCUUCGCGAUCGACGUCGACGGCGACGGCGACGUCGACGUGCUUUCGGGCUCCAGAGAGGACGACACGGUCGCCUGGUACGACAACUUCUGGUCUUCGUUUGGCUUCUCCUCGGCGCGGACCUUCACCACGAGCGUCCUCUCUAGCAAGGCGGACGGCGUCGCCACCGUCUUCGCGAUCGACGUCGACGGCGACGGCGACGUAGACGUGCUGUCGGCGUCCUACGAAGACGACACCGUCGCGUGGUACGAGAACGACGGGUCCCAGUCCUUCACGGAGCACGUCAUCACCGACACGGCGGACUACGCCAUCUUCGUCUUCGCGAUCGACGCCGACGGCGACGGCGACGUCGACGUCCUAUCGGCCUCCUACAUCGACGACACGGUCGCGUGGUACGAGAACGACGGGUCCCAGUCCUUCACGGAGCGCAUCAUCUCCGACACGGCGGACGAAGCCACGUUCGUCUUCGCGAUCGACGUCGACGGCGACGGCGACGUCGAUGUGCUGGCGCCGGACGAAUCGACCUCCGUAAGCGACGACACGAUCGAGUGGUUCGAGAACGACGGGUCCCAGUCCUUCACGGAUCACAUCGUUGCCGACGCGGCGGACUUUGCCUCCUCCGUCUUCGCGAUCGACGUCGACGGCGACGGCGAUGUCGACGUGCUGUCGGCGUCGAUGAACGACGACACGGUCGCGUGGCACGAGAACGACGGGUCCCAGUCCUUCACGGAGCGCAUCAUCUCUAGCACGGCGGACGGCGUCUCCUCCAUCUUCGCGAUCGACGUCGACGGCGACGGCGACGUCGACGUGCUGUCGGCGUCCGUCUACGACGACACGGUCGCGUGGUACGAGAACGACGGGUCCCAGUCCUUCACGGAGCGCGUCAUCACUGACGCGGCGGACAGCGCCCGCUCUGUCUUCGCGAUCGACGUCGACGGCGACGGCGACGUCGACGCGCUCUCCGCGUCUUUCAACGACGACACGGUCGCGUGGUACGAGAACGACGGGUCCCAGUCCUUCGCCGAGCGCGUCAUCACGACGCUCGCGGACGCCGCUCUCGGCGUCUUUGCGAUCGACCUCGACGGCGACGGCGACGUCGACGUGCUGUCGGCGUCCGUCUACGACGACACGGUCGCGUGGUACGAGAACGACGGGUCCCAGUCCUUCACGCAGCGCGUCAUCACGACGCUCGCGAACGGCGCCAUCUGCGUCUUCGCGAUCGACGUCGACGGCGACGGCGACGUCGACGUCCUCUCGGCGUCGAUCGACGACGACACGGUCGCGUGGUACGAGAACGACUGCGCCGCGCACGCGCCGACGCCGCGGCCCACCAACAACUGCGCCAGCGUAUCCUUCGCCGAGCGAAUCAUCACGACGCUCGCGGGGGAAGCGAAUUCCGUCUUCGCGAUCGACGUCGACGGCGACGGCGACGUCGACGCGCUGUCCGCGGUCCAUCAAGACGACACGGUCGCGUGGUACGAGAACGACGGGUCCCAGUCCUUCACUCAGCGCGUCAUCACCAACUCGGCGGAUGAGGCCCACUCCGUCUUUGCGAUCGACGUGGACGGCGACGGCGACGUUGACGCGCUGUCGGCCUCCUACGGAGACGACACCGUCGCGUGGUACGAGAACGACGGAUCCGAGUCCUUCACAUUGUGCAUCAUCACGAAUCUGGCUGAUAACGCCCUCUCUGUCUUCGCGAUCGACGUCGACGGCGACGGCGACGUGGACGUGCUCUCGGCGUCCGCCCAAGACGACACGGUCUCGUGGUACGAGAACGACGGGUCCCGGCUCUCUACGGAGCGCAUCAUCUCUAGCACGGCAUACUACGUCUUCUCCGUCUUCGCCAUCGACGUCGACGGCGACGGCGACGUGGACGCGCUGUCCGCGUCCGCUACCGAUAACACGGUCGCGUGGUACGAGAACGACGGGUCGCAGUCCUUCACCGAGCGCGUCGUCGGCACACCCAACAACCCCCGCGCCGUCUUCGCGAUCGACGUCGACGGGGACGGUGACGUGGAUGCGCUGUCGGCUUCCGUUUACGACCACGUGGUCGCGUGGUACGAGAACGACGCGUCGCAGUCCUUCACUCAGCGCGUCAUCGCCGACUCGGCGGACAGCGCCCGCUCCGUCUACGCGAUCGACGUCGACGGCGACGGCGACGUCGACGCGCUGUCGGCGUCCCACACCGACGACACGAUCGCGUGGUACGAGAACGACGGUUCCGAGUCCUUCACCAAGCGCGUCAUCACCGACUCGGCGAACGCUGCUCGCUCCGUCUACGCCAUCGACGUCGACGGCGACGGCGACAUCGACGCGUUGUCGGCGUCCGAGAACGACGACACGGUCGCCUGGGCCUCCCGGCGCCGCCGGCGCCGCGCCUUCUCGUCCUCGGGCGCGACGCUGACGGUGUCCUUCGACGCGCCGACGGACCUCGCCGGCGCCGUCGCCGGCGCCGCGGUGCCCUGCGCGGACGUCGUCGACUUCGCCGGCGCCGGCGCCGCGGCCUGCGCGUGGACCGACGCCGCGACGCUCGCGGCGGCCGUCGCCGACGCCGCGGUCCUACCCGGCGGCGCCGUGGCGCUCCGCGGCGGCGUCCUGCGGCGCGCCUGCGCCGGAGUCCGCUGCGAGUGCUACGAGCCCGCCGCGACCGCGACGGUGGAAGCCGCCGCGCCCGCGGCGGCCGCCGCGCCCGCGGCCGUCGUCUCCGGGCCGUCGACGGCGUCGGUCUGCGGGGGCCUCGAGCUCUCCGCGCUGGAAUCCCUGGGCAGCGGCGGGCGGCCCUUCGCGGCCUACAACUGGACCGCGGCGCCGCGGCCGGCGGCGCCCGCGCCGGCGCUCGCCGCGGCCGCCGCGCGCGCGACCGAGGCCGGCGACGGGCUCUUCCGCCUCGAGGCGGCGGACCUCGAGGCCCUCGCGGCCGCGGGCGUCGCGUUCGUCGACGUCGUCGCGACGCUGACGAACUUCCUCGGCGCGACGGCCGCGUCCGCGGCCUUCCCCGUCGCGCUCACCGCCGACGAGGCCCCGACGCUCGCCGUCGCGGGCGGCGUCGACGUCGUCGCGCCGCGCGCCGAGGGCCUCGACGUCGCCGCGGCGGCCAUCGCGACGGCCUGCGACGGCCGCGCCGUCGCGGAGCGGGGCGUGACCUACGCGUGGACGCUCCGCGACGCCGCCGGCGACGACACGGGCCUCGCGUCGACCCGCGACGGCGACGUCGAGCGCGCGGCGGGCGCCGCCGCGGGCCUCGCCUUCAACUGGACCUGCGGCGCCUGCGGCCUCGCGCUCCCCGCGAACGAGACCGUCGUCGUGCCGCCGGGCGCGCUCCCGCCGGGGACGUACGCGUUCGCCGUCGUCGUCUCGGCGGCCGACGGCCGCGCCGCGGCGGCGCGCGCAACUUAUACAGCCGUCGCCGACGACCCGCCCGCGGUGGCCGCGGCCGCGCCCGCGCCGCGCGUCGCGUCGUCGGCGCGCGUCGUGCUCGCGGGGUCCGCGGAGGCCGCGGGCGCGUUCGACGCGACCUGGGCCCUCGUCUCCGGCGCGCUCGCCGGCGGCCGGGGCCCCGGCGGCUGGGCGACGACGCGCCUCGCGGCGUCGUAUUUCGACGCCGCGAGCCACGACCUCGCGCUCCCCGCGGGGAGCCUCGUCGCCGGCGCGGCCUACCGCUUCGCGCUCUCGGCGACCGCCGCCGGCGCGACGGGGUCCGCGGCCGUCGCGUUCGUCGCCGCCGCGCCGCCGACGAGCGGCGUCGUCGCCGUCGCGCCGGCCUCGGGCGUCGCGCUGGAGACGGCCUUCGACGCGUCCACGAGCCUCUGGGCGACGGAGGACCCGCCGCUGGCCUACGCGUUCUACGCGGAAGUGGACGGCGCGCGGACGACGCUCCGCGCGGCGACGGCGAGCGCGGCGCUCGCGGCCGCGGCGCUCCCGGCGGGCCGCGUCGCCGUCGUCGCCGCCGCCGUCGACGCGCUCGGCGGCGCGGGCGAGGCGUCCCACGCCGUCGACGUCGCGGCCCUCGACGGCGGUGGCGCCCUGCAAAACGCCACGGACCGGCUCCUCGCCGAGGCCGCGGCGCUCGCCGCGCCCGAGGCCGCGUGCCGCGCCGUCGUCGCCGCCGCGUCGCUCGCCGGCGCCGGCGCCGUGUCCGGCGCGCUCGUGGGCGCCGUCGCGGGCGUCGUCGCGGCCAUCGACGGCGAGCCGCCCCUCGUCGAGCAGGCCGCGGCCGCGCUCGCGGCGGCGACGCGCGACGCCGCCGCGCUCGCGGCGGACGACGCGGCGAGCGCGCUCGCGGCGGCGCUCGACCUCGCCGUCGCCUCGGGGGACGUCGGCUUCGCGCCGACGAGCGCCGGCUCCGUCGUCGCCGCGGUCUCCGACGUCCUCGACUCGGGCCUCUACGCGCGGCGGCGGCGGCUCGACGACGGCGGCGACAAGCGCGGCGACGCCGCGGCCGUCGCCGACGCCGUCGGCGCCGCGAGCCUCGUCGGGGCCGUCGCGGGCGAGGAUGCCAUCGAGGCGGCGUCGAAGAACGUCGCCGUCGCGGCCCGGCGCCUCUCGCGCAACGCGACGGGCGCCCGCGACGUCGCGGUCCGCGGGUCCACCGUGACGCUCCCGGACGCCGUCGCCGGCGCCGGCGCGACCGUCGACGUCGUCGCCGCGAAGAUCGACGUCGGCGACGACGACGUCGCCGACGAGGUCCACCUCCACGUCUUGGGCCGGGGCGGCGCGGCGACGGCCGCGCCGAGCUCCGCGGAACCGUCCCCCGCGCCGAUCGCUCUCAAGCCGUCCCCCGCGCCGACCUCCCCCGCGCCGACCGCGCCAACGCCGUCGUCCGCGGCGAUCACCGUGCGCAUCGCGUACAACGCGACGUUCGGCCCCGCGAUCGUCGACGCGGCGAACGCGACGUGCCCCUGCGGCUUCCUCGGCGCCGUGAACCACACGUGCCCCGACGGCCGCGUCGUCGCCGCGGCCUGCGACGGGUCGCCGUCGGUCGUGACGCUCGGCUGCGGCGGCACGGAGGCCGCGUGCGUCGCGCUGCGAGGCGGCGCCUGGGUCGACGACGCGUGCGCCUGGGUCGACGGCGCCUGCGCGUGCCGCAUGAGCCUCGACGCGCCCUACGACUUCGGCGCGCGCGCGGCGGACGCCGAGGACGCGCUCGCCUACGCGGCGGUCUUCGCGGCGCCCGUCGACGCGCGGCGGUCGCGCGUCAUGCUCGUCGCCCUCGCGGCCCUCUUCGCGGCCUGCGUCGUCGCGGCGGCCCUGACGGACGUCUACGCGCGCCUCGUGCCGCCGGUGCGCGCGCGGUCGCACAGCGCCGCGGGGCUCGACGUCGACCAGCGCUCGUACAUGCACGGCCAGCGGCACCGCCACAUCUUCGAGCAGCGCAAGCCCCUCGACGCGCUGUUCCGGGCCCUCGAGCGGAGCCACCCGCUCGUGAACAUCGUCUGCGUGCGGGGCGAGGUCGUCUCCCGGCGCGCGCGCAUCCUGAAGCUGGGCUGCGAGCUCCUCUUCUUCGCCGCGGGCAUCGCGCUCGGCAACUCCCUGGAGUUCCCGGACCCGGGCUGCGACGGGUUCCGCACGGAGCGCGCCUGCCUCGACCGGCAGACGCCGUUCCACGCCCGGCGCGACGCCUGCGUCUGGGACGCGUGCGGCCGCUCGUGCGCGUUCCACGAGCCCGACGUCGACGACGUCAGCUCCGUCGCGUCCACGGUCUGCCUCGCGAUCGCGCUGGGGCUGCUCGUGCCCGUCAUCCAGGCCUUCGGCGUGCUCUUCGACCGCUACCUCGCCGCGCCCUACCCCGCGGCGCUGCGCUGGCACUGCUGCGGCGACGCGCCGCCGGAGCGGCCCGAGGGCGCGCGGCGGAGACGCUUCGAGGUCCCCGGCGACGCCGUCGUCGCGCGCCGCCGCGUCGGCGGCACGAGCGAGAACGCCUACGGCGUCGCGUCGACGCUGGCGAUCUUCUGGGUGUCGCUCACGCGCGGCCGGCGCGCGGCGCGCGACAGGCUGUGUGGAAAUCAACCAGUGAGCUGGGACGUCGGGGCCAAACUUUGA